AUGUCGCUGGCAACGGUGGCUCCGGCAGGGUCACCGCGAUCUCGGCCACGCCCACCACAGAAAGGCGGCUACGGAGGCCCGGAAGGGCCCUUAUUUCUCCGACUGCAAGCCGCCGCGGUGCGGGAGACUGCGGCGACAGGAAAGCGUCCAUUCAGUAGGGGCGGAGCGUGGGAGCCGAGAGGAGGGAGACACUCCGCGCUCCGCUGGGAACCGUUUUCGCAGCGAGGAUUGGGCGCCCAGCGGCGUGAGCUGGGUGCCCUGUCCCCUGAGUCGACCGGGAGGGGGCGCUCGGCCAACCUCGGACGGCUUAGACAGCCUCGCAGCGGGAAAGCGCAGAUUGGAGAUUACUUCAUUGUAAAGAAAAUGAAUCGUUUCUUAAAUAGACCCAGUACUGCUAUUACACAAUUAGGUAAUGAACUCUUUGGAAAAGAACGCAAAGUAUAUUUGGCAAAGGAUGCAAAGGCAAGGCUAAAACAAAGACGGAGAAGAGAUACUUCAGCCCGAACAAUACAGAGAGCUUGGUUAGCUCAUGCAAACAGAGCCCUAUUUAAACUCUUAAAACAUACUGUUUGUGCUGCCGAAUACUAUGUGACAUAUGAAAUAAUGAAGAAAGUAAGCCCCGUAGAGGCUAACCUUCUUAAAGAUCCUAGCAUGAAGUACAAAGUCAGGUUCAGAUUUAGUGGUGAAACAUUUCCACCUUUCAUUGUGUUUAAAAUUUUUCUUCAUAACGAAGGCCGAGGUUACAAGUAUUUUAGCGGAAAAAAGUCAUUAAAAUCAUCAAAUAAGGCAGUGGUUGAUGCUUACAAAAUAAUGGGAAAAAAGGAAUUUUGUCAUCAAGUUAUAGAAGAUGAAUGUAUUUUCCAGAAAUUUGGAGUAACUGAAGAAAUAGAUAUUGUCACCAUGCAAGAUUUUAUGCAAUAUUCCAGUCUUCUGGAUGAGACUCCUGCAUCUUCGGGUGGCAGAAAUAACUACUGGCGAAAAUUAAACCUAGAAGACAUUCCUAGGACAAUGAUAAUGUAUGACAUAAUUGAUUAUGCAGAGUCUAGAGUAGUAUCAAACCGUCUACGAAAAGAAAUGAAGUAUCUGUUACAGCGACCAGGAACAGAAGAGAUGCGUCAGCGUCAACUGCAAAUCGUUUCUGAAAUUAGGUAUCCACCUUUCUCAACUACCCAAACUUUAUAUCGGCCCUCACGACAGCAAAGUCAAAUUAAACAUCUAGGUCGUCGAUCCAAGAAAGCUCAAAUGAAGGUUGAAAAAAUGAAAAAAGCUUAUUUGGCUAAAGGAAAAAAUGCUUCUAUGAUGACCGAACGGAAAAUGGACACAGCAGAUGCAAAGCAACAACGGAUGGUAAUCUUUUCCACUCCAUCUUUUGACAUUGUGAAAAUUGAUGAGCCCGCGUCUGACAGUGAAUUAGAAAAAGAAAAGAAAGAAAAGAAAGACUUAUUUACCUGGUCCCAAGACAUAUGUAUUGGUACUUCUCUGCCAUAUUAAUGCACGGCUAAUUGACAGAAAACCAAAAUUGUUUAACAACCUGCUUGUCUGUUUAUAAAUGAUAAGUAUGA